AGCUGUAUGAGCGGCCUUAGUAACCGUGAACGGAAUAGAAGAUCGGGGAUUCCGUGGACGUUUAAAUCCCUUGAGGAAUGGCCGCCCAGCAGAUCAAGGACGGGGAGUACACGGCAACCAUCUAUAAACUGAUAAAGGAAGGAAGAUAUGGAGAAGCGGUUCAGAUACUCAGCAUUGAACUGCAGAAGCAAUAUCGGUCCAGGGCAGGCCUGUCUCUACUGGGAUACUGUUACUAUCAAAUGCAAGACUUUUUCAAUGCCGCAGAUUGCUAUGAACAGCUCAUGCAGAUAAACCCUGAAAUUGAAGAGUACAAACUAUAUCAUGCCCAGUCCUUAUACAAGGCGUGUAUGUACCCAGAGGCCAUGAAAUCAACUUUUCUCUUGGAUAGUCCUGCAUAUCAGAGCAAGGUGUUGAAAUUACAAGCUUGCAUUAAAUAUGGAGAAGAAGACCUAUCUGGAGCUAAAAGCCUGGUAGAACAAAUACCUUCCGAUGAUCCAGAUAGUGAGAUUAAUUUGGGAUGUUUGCUGUACAAAGAAGGACAAUAUGAAGAAGCCUGCAAAAAAUUCCUAACUGCCAUGCAAGUUGUUGGAUAUAAACAAGACUUAUCCUACAGCAUUGCCUUAUGUUACUACAGCAUGAAGCAAUAUGUGCCUGCUUUAAAGUACAUUUCAGAUAUAAUAGAACAUGGAAUUCGAGAGCAUCCAGAGCUUGGCGUUGGCAUGACAACUGAAGGAAUUGAUGUCCGCAGCGUGGGUAACACGUUGGUACUGCAUGAAACUUCACUGAUUGAAGCAUUUAACCUAAAAGCUGCCAUUGAGUAUCAGUUAAAAAAUUAUGAAGCUGCUCAGGAAGCUCUGACUGACAUGCCCCCUCGAUCAGAGGAGGAACUUGACCCAGUUACUCUUCAUAAUCAAGCAUUGAUGAACAUGGAAGCCAAACCCACUGAAGGCUUUGAGAAACUGCAGUUUUUGUUGCAACAAAAUCCUUUUCCUCCGGAGACAUUUGGAAAUCUCUUACUUUUAUACUGCAAGUAUGAGUAUUUUGACCUUGCAGCGGAUGUACUGGCAGAAAAUUAUCACCUGACCUACAAGUUUCUUACUCCUUAUUUGUAUGAGUUUCUGGAUGCCCUGAUAACAUGCCAAACAGCCCCAGAUGAGGCUUUCCUAAAGCUGGAUAAACUGGCUGGGAUGCUCACGGAACAACUGAGAAAGCGAACAAAACAGGUACAAGAAGCGAGACUAAACCGGGAUGAUGAAGCAGUGAAAAAGGCUGUGAGUGAAUAUGAUGAAGCCCUAGAAAAGUAUAUUCCUGUUUUAAUGGCCCAGGCAAAAAUAUACUGGAACAUGGAGAACUAUCAGAUGGUGGAGAAAAUCUUCCGUAAAUCGGUGGAGUUUUGUAACGAGCAUGAUGUCUGGAAACUGAAUGUAGCCCAUGUCUUGUUCAUGCAAGAAAAUAAGUACAAGGAGGCCAUUGGCUUUUAUGAGCCCAUUGUGAAAAAACACUAUGACAAUAUCCUGAAUGUCAGCGCUAUUGUCCUUGCAAAUCUAUGUGUGUCCUACAUCAUGACGAGCCAAAAUGAUCUGGCCGAAGAAUUUAUGAGAAAGAUAGAGAAAGAAGAAGAGCAGAUUGCUUAUGACUACCCAGAUAAGAAAAUUUACCAUCUUUGUAUCGUGAACUUAGUUAUUGGAACUCUUUACUGCGCCAAAGGGAAUUAUGAAUUUGGCAUAUCACGAGUUAUCAAAAGCUUGGAGCCGUACAACAAAAAGCUUGGAACAGACACAUGGUAUUAUGCAAAGAGGUGCUUCCUAUCCUUGCUGGAGAACAUGUCAAAGCACAUGAUCAUGCUCCAGGACAGUGUCAUCUAUGAAUGUAUUCAGUUUUUGGAACAUUGUGAAAUUUAUGGCAAGAACACCCCAGCCAUAAUCGAGCAACCACUGGAAGAAGAGAAGAUGCACAUUGGCAAGAACACUGUUACCUAUGAAGCAAGACAACUGAAAGCAUUAUUGUAUGAAAUAACAUCCUGGAACAUAUAAAUGACCUGUAUCUUGACAUCAUGUGUUUUUUUUUUUUUUUUUCUUUCAUGUUAUUGGUGUAAAUGUAUUUUUAUAGUGUUUCAAUUAAA